AUUGAAACAUCAAGUAAGUUUAGAGAAAAUCAUGAAUGCGCCAGGUAGUCCCUGUCCUUCGUCCACGAAUUCGAGCCUAUCUGAUAGUGAAGUCUCAAAUGACAGUGGCAUUGAAUCCACAUCUGGGGGGAGUCUUCCCCCAGAUUACAUGGAUCUUGAUGAAUUUUUAGUUGCAACUGGUGUUAAGCUUGUAGUAUCAAAAUGUGAUUUACCAAGCAGAGUUACACAAAGAAAUACAGAAGUGAAUGUUGAUCAUGAAAAUUCAAAAGAGUCAAAUGCAAGGAAAACAAUUGACACCAAAGACAAUGUUAACAACUCUGAAUUCAUUAUUGACAAAAAGAAAACUUCAGAAGAAAAACCUGAAAAAACACAUACAGAAAAAGUUAAGAAUUCAAAAACAAGUCAGGAGGAUAAUGACAUUAAUUACAAAUACAACUAUAACCCWUUACCAAUGAAAAGAAAAGCUCAACGACAGUUUGUAACAGACACAGAAAAAGACGAAAGGUAUUGGAAGCGUAGAACCAGGAAUAAUGAAGCUGCAAGAAGGUCACGUGAUAUGCGCAGACAAAGAGAAAUUGAAAUCUCAACACAAUGCAAAGAACUUGAGAAAGAAAAUGCUCGUCUGAAAAAAGAACUUCAAAAGCUUAAAGACAAAGCAAACAAACUGGAAAGACAGCUGAUGGAGAAGUAAAUAAGUUAUUCAAAAAGUGUGAUAUUAAUUCAUAGUUCCAACAAAUACACRUUAUUUGUGUGUGCAGGAUUGACCAAUCAGAAUAGGGGUCACGUAAUGGCAGCCAUGAUGUCCCACAAAAAUGUAAACAAAGUCGAACCRGAGGGCAAAGUUGAGAUGGUUUUGAGGUGUUGCUAGAUCACUUGUGAGCAGACCUCUACCCAGCUAGGCUAAAUGGAGGACGAUUAAUUGAUCUGUUCCCAAACUAACCUAGAAAAAUGCUUGGAAUGGAUCGAGUUGUGCAGAUGAAGRCACUGAGUGUCAAAUGUAAAGCGCAUAAAAAAAUAAUUCAGUCCUUUCUCUAGGACUUUCUCAGAAAGACUUAAAUGYUUUUAACAAAAGAAACAGAAAUAUUAUUCGGGAAUUUUAUACAAAUCAUCAGAAGAUUGUGUCAUUUACAAAAACUCAAAAGCAUUUGUGGGACAAGCCGAAAAGUUGUGAGUGUUCGCUUUCUUCUGAUUGGCUUAUCGCACACUCAUGCUUGAUUGUUGGAACCAUGAAUUAAUCAUAAACAUAUAGUAACUUUAUGCCUUCGUGGCAUGCAAAAGUUUCUUUUACAAAAUUACAAUUUCAGGCAGCAUGAACUGAGUUGUUAUCUGUAUUAAGGUGGAGCCUAGAUGAUGAAAAUCUGCCCAUGUACUUAGUUUUUGGAUGAAAAAUUUGCUAGUUUGAGCUUGAUGGGUGUUGCCAUGGCAACAAUAAAAAUCAAAUAGUCGAUUCAAGUAUCUCUUCAAAAACCAUAUUACCUAAACUUGAGUGAUGAAAAUCAUUAACAUUAUGUUCRUUAAGAGGCACUUCCCUUAAAGAAAAAUCAAACUGAAACUGGAAUUUUCUCCAAUUUCUUGAAAUCGAAAAUAGUUGGACUUGUUUUGUAAUACUCUAAGGUGCCCUGAAUUAUCAGUUGUCGUGUUAUUUUAAGUGUGAUUAAAAAAAGUCAACUAGAAACAAACAUUGCUAUGGGAACGUAAAGCCAYUGCACAUGGGCUUAUAAAUCAUGGCUAUUUAAGAAGUGAAAAUGUGUAGUCAAUAAAACACCCUCUCC